AUGAGCACGACACUGUUCGACGGGAAGAUCCAAGACCUCCUCCACUCUGAGGAGAGAUAUAAAGACAAAGUGUGUGUCACGCCAUUAGAAAAGCGCAUUCCGAUACUUCAGGCGUCACGUACACUGAGGAAUUUCCAGACUCUUCAACAAUGCCUUUGUAUCUGUCUCCUCUCGGAGAUGGCAGACAUCACUAUUAAGCAACCAGCGAAGAAAAGCGUCGUCACACAACAGUACAUGAGAAUCAAAAGUAUCGACUUUGGAGACGGGGAAGUCUUGGUCCUCACUGAAUUCCUCAAAAGAAGAUGCGUCGAACAGAAGAACGACGACAUCGCAAGAGGAGUCCCCUGUAAGACAGCUACAAGGAGGCUGCAGAACAAUAAGAAAAUCGAACUCCUCCACUUAUUGAUCGAUUUAUUGGUCGUCCGAUGUGGAUACGAGUUCGAGAGCAAAUACACUGAAGGGAAGAUAGGGACUAACAAGCAAGAGUCGAUCAAAAAGGUCAUCAGAGACGAUAAAGUCAUCAUCGAAGGGGAAAAACUCCUUGAUGCAGCAGAACAAAUCAAUCAAAUCAUCACAAGACGGCUUCAAGUCACUCACAAGGAGCUGGUCAUUAAACGUGGAGAUCCAAUGCUUUCGCUCAUUUAUCAAUAA